AUGGCCCCUUUGGCCCCCCCUGCGGGCGCCCUUGAGUCUAAGGGGAAAGAAAGUAAGCAACGCGCCGUGUGCAAGUUAUUGAAAAGAUAUGAUGUCGUUAAAAUAAUGUUUCUCAACCAACUUAUUGUUUCAUUGAAACCUGGUGAAACAAAAAUAAUUUACUUCGUGAAAAAUAAAGAUUUAUUCGAUAUUAUCCAUGAUGCCCAUAUCAAAACAGGCCACGGAGAACGAACCCGUAGCUUGUGUGUUCAAUGUCAAAGGAAACAAAAAGUUCUGAGGAAAGGGAUCGUCGUAAAGCCCAUUAUAAGUCAUGAACUCAACUCUCGAUGUCAAGUUGAUUUAGUCGAUAUGCAAACAUGUAAAGAUGGUGAGUACAAAUUUAUUCUCAAUUAUCAAGACCAUCUCACUAAAUUUAUACAGCUUAGACCAUUAAAGAGCAAGACAGCAGAGGAAGUGACCCUAACGUUGCUGCCAAUUUUCCUCACUUUCGGUGCACCAAAUAUUCUGCAUUCCGAUAAUGGGAGAGAGAUUUCCAAUAAAAUUAUUAUGGAUUUGUGCUCAAUGUGGGAGGGUGUUAAAAUUGUUCACAGUAAACCUCAUCAUAGUCAAUGUCAAGGUUCCAUAAAAAGAGCCAAUCAGGAUUUUCAAAAUAUACUCAGGGCUAUGAUGCACGAUAAGAUUACAACAAAAUGGUCAGUAGCUUUACCAUUUGUUCACCCUUGUGAACUUGGCAGCGCAAAACCAGCAGACAUAGAUUAA